GUCUUUGUGGUAGGCGCUGUCGACAAUAUGGCGGAUGACGGAGACGGGUCGACUGGAGCUGUUGAUACUAGUGGCGGACCGGGGACUUCAGAGGAGUCUGACGGGUUCAGUCUUGGCGGGAUGUUGUUAAAUUUAAGUAUUUUAGUUGUAGUGGUUACGAUCUGCUAUGUUAUUUAUCGGCGAUGGGGUAAACGGAUUGGUGCUGACGCGGCCCAGGGAAGCGAGGCCUCGUCUCUGCCGAAGAUGAGAAGACGUGAUUUCACUUUGGAGCAACUUGGGGAAUACGAUGGACUGCAAAACCCCCGGAUCAUGAUGGCAGUCAAUAUGAAAGUAUUCGAUGUUACCACCGGCAAAACGUUUUAUGGCCGAGACGGUCCUUAUGGUAUCUUUGCGGGCCGGGAUGCAUCGAGGGGUCUGGCCACGUUCUGUUUGGAGAAAGAUGCCUUGAGGGAGGAGUAUGAUGACCUGUCAGACCUCAACGCUGUUCAGAUGGAGUCAGUCAGAGAGUGGGAGAGGCAGUUCAUGGAAAAAUAUGAUUAUGUUGGUCGACUGUUAAAGCCUGGGGAUGAGCCGUCAGAAUACACAGAUGAGGAGGACAUCAAGGACCACCUGAAACAUGACUGAACUGUUGCCCUGUUCUGUUCACACCACCAACCAAAGCCUUGACCCAAACAGCUGACAGCACCUGUCCCCCCCACACCCUUCCUCUUCCCUCUCAAGCCCCCCCCCUCCUCCUCUUCUUCCCUCUCGAGCCCCCCUGCUCCUCUUCUUCCCUCUCGAGCCCCCCUGCUCCUCUUCUUCCCUCUCAAGCACCCCCUUCUUCUUCUUCCCUCUCAAGCCCCCUCCUUCUUCUUCUUCCCUCUCAAGCCCCCCCCCUCUUC